UCAUUUUUGCUCAUUCCAAGCGACAGAGAGAACACAGGCGCUCACCAUGGCUUCCAGGGACACCUCUACUCUGUGUUUGUUCGACGUGGAUGGUACUUUGACGGCAGCUAGACAGAAAAUCACGUCGUCCAUGGAAGAGUUUAUGAUGAAGCUGAAGGAGAAGGUGGUGGUAGGACUGGUCGGGGGGUCGGACCUGGUCAAGAUCGCUGAGCAGAUGAAAGGAGAGGAUGUUGUGAAGAAGUUUGACUACGUGUUUGCUGAGAAUGGACUGGUGGCCUACAAAGAUGGGGGACUUUUGGCAAAGAUGAACAUUCAGGAGCACAUGGGAGAAGAGAAACUCCAGUCUUUUAUCAACUUCUGUCUACAGUACAUGUCAAAACUCACACUGCCUGUCAAGAGAGGAACGUUUAUAGAGUUCCGUAGCGGCCUCAUUAACGUGUGUCCUGUUGGGCGGAGCUGCUCGCAGGAGGAGAGGAUACAGUUUAACCAGUAUGAUCAGGAACACAAGAUCAGGGAGACGUUUGUAGCAGAACUUCAGAAACAGUUUCCUGACAUGGGACUGGUCUUCUCAAUAGGUGGACAGAUCAGUUUUGAUGCCUUCCCCAAAGGCUGGGACAAGACGUACUGCCUCAACCAUGUGGAGAAGGACGGCUACAAAACCAUCCACUUCUUUGGAGACAAGACAAUGCCUGGUGGUAAUGACCAUGAGAUCUUCGCUGACCCCCGGACAAUCGGCCACACGGUGACCAGUCCAGACGACACGCGGGCACAGCUGGAGAAACUCUUCUUCAGUAACUAGACAACGGGGAUGGUCCUGGUUGGGCCACGGCAAAGUAAUUCCUUGGUUCUCUGACAUUUUGAUUUUAAAUAUUAUCAAGAAGACAUCAUGAGAACAUAGGGUUCAGAGGAAAUCUAACAUCUGACUCCAUUCACUCUCUGAAACCAAGGUGUAGAUAAGGUGUGAACCAUGGUAUAGACUUGCUUGUCUUGGUCGAGUACGUAAUCAAAUUUAUGACAAUUUGU